GUGCUCCGUGACGUGAGAGCAGGAAGUGUUUGAGGAAGUCGCGCUGGGCUGGCAGGUUUGAGAUUCCCGCACUUUAAUGUCUUCCGGGGGGGCGCCUGAGCCCCGGCCCGCGCCCCGGCCCCGCGCCCCCGCCAGAUUGCUUACGGAGUUAGCAGGACUUCAGUAUGAGCUGGUCGCCUUCCCUGCCGACCCAGACAUGUGGGGCCUGGGAAAUGAAAGAGCGUCUGGGGACAGGGGGAUUUGGGAACGUCAUCCGAUGGCACAAUCAGGAAACAGGUGAGCAGAUCGCUAUCAAGCAGUGCCGGCAGGAGCUCAGUCCCCGGAACCGAGAGCGAUGGUGCCUGGAGAUCCAGAUCAUGAGAAGGCUGAACCACCCCAACGUGGUGGCCGCCCGAGACGUCCCUGAGGGGAUGCAGAGCCUGGCCCCCAACGACCUGCCCCUGCUGGCCAUGGAGUACUGCCAGGGGGGCGACCUGCGCAAGUACCUGAACCAGUUUGAGAACUGCUGUGGCCUGCGGGAAGGAGCCAUCCUCACCUUGCUGAGUGACAUUGCCUCUGCGCUUCGAUACCUUCAUGAAAACAGAAUCAUCCAUCGGGAUCUGAAGCCAGAAAACAUCGUCCUGCAACAAGGGGAGCAGAGGUUAAUACACAAAAUUAUUGACCUCGGAUACGCCAAGGAGCUGGAUCAGGGCAGUCUCUGUACGUCCUUUGUGGGGACCCUGCAGUACCUGGCCCCGGAGCUGCUGGAGCAGCAGAAGUACACGGUCACCGUUGACUACUGGAGCUUCGGCACCCUGGCCUUCGAGUGCAUCACGGGCUUCCGGCCCUUCCUGCCCAACUGGCAGCCCGUGCAGUGGCACUCCAAAGUCCGGCAGAAGAGCGAGACGGACAUUGUGGUUAGCGAAGACCUGAACGGGACGGUCAAGUUCUCAAGCUCUCUACCCUACCCCAACAACCUCAACAGCAUCCUGGCGCAGCGGCUGGAGAAGUGGCUGCAGCUGAUGCUAACGUGGCACCCCCGGCAGAGGGGCACUGACCCCGUCUACGGGCCCAACGGCUGCUUCAAGGCCCUGGAUGAUAUCUUAAACUUGAAGCUGGCUCAUGUCUUGAACAUGGUCACAGGCACCAUUCACACCUACCCUGUGACUGAGGACGAGAGUCUGCAAAGCCUGAAGGCCAGGAUCCAGGAGGACACGGGCAUCGCCGAGGAGGACCAGGAGCUGCUGCAGGAGGCGGGGCUGGCCCUGAUCCCCGACAAGCCUGCCGCUCAGUGCAUCUCAGACGGCAAGCUGAACGAGGGCCGCACCCUGGACAUGGAUCUGGUCUUCCUCUUCGACAACAGCAGAGUCACCUACGAGACCCAGGUCUCGCCACGGCCCCAGCCUGAGAGCGUCAGCUGCAUCCUCCAAGAGCCCAAGAGGAACCUCCCCUUCUUCCAGCUGCGGAGGGUGUGGGGCCAGGUGUGGCACAGCAUCCAGGCCCUGAAGGAGGACUGCAGCCGCCUGCAGCAGGGGCAGCGAGCCGCCAUGAUGAAUCUGCUCCGGAACAACAGCUGCCUGUCCAAGAUGAAGAACUCCAUGGCCUCCAUGUCGCAGCAGCUCAAGGCCAAGCUGGACUUCUUCAAGACCAGCAUCCAGAUCGACCUGGAGAAGUACAACGAGCAGACGGAGUUCGGCAUCACGUCAGACAAACUGCAGCUGGCCUGGAGGGAGAUGGAGCAGGCCGUGGAGCUCUGCGGACGGGAGAAUGAGGUGAAGCACCUGGUGGAGCGGAUGAUGGCGCUGCAGACCGACAUCGUGGACCUGCAGCGCAGCCCCAUGGGCCGCAAGCAGGGCGGGACGCUGGAUGACCUAGAAGAGCAAGCGAGGGAGCUUUACAGGAGGCUGAGGGAGAAACCCCGAGACCAGCGGACUGAUGGUGACAGUCAGGAAAUGGUCCGGCUGCUCCUUCAGGCCAUCCAGGGCUUUGAGAAGAAAGUGCGAGUGAUUUACACGCAGCUCAGCAAAACGGUGGUUUGCAAGCAGAAGGCCCUGGAGUUGCUGCCCAAGGUGGAGGAGGUGGUUAGUCUAAUGAACGAAGACGAGAAGAUGGUGGUUCGGCUUCAGGAGAAGCGGCAGAAGGAGCUCUGGAACCUCCUGAAGAUCGCGUGUAGCAAGGUCCGUGGUCCUGUCAGCGGAAGCCCGGACAGCAUGAACGCUUCUCGCCUGAGUCACCCCGGCCAGCUGAUGUCACAGCCCUGCACUGCCCCCGACAGCGAGGCCGUCAAGAAAAGCGAGGAGCUGGUGGCCGAAGCGCACACUCUCUGCACCCAGCUAGAAAAUGCACUGCAAGACACCAUGAAGGAGCAGGACCAGAGCUUAAGGUCUCUAGACUGGAGCUGGUUACAGACGGCGGAGGAGGAGCAGAACGGCCUGGAGCAGGCCUCGUGACCCUGGGGGGCCCUGACCCGGAUGGGCUGCCUGGCCUGAGCCCCUUCCCCACCAGGGCCUCGCGGUCAUCACGUCCCUCGGUCUUCGGCACCAGACGGAGGUCUCGCUUCCCCAGCGGUUGUGACAGUCGCCGUGGACCAAGGGUAUGGCCCUCUGUGGCCACUGCCAGCAACUUGGCUGCACACUGGAAGGGGCCCAGGCAUGGGCGUUGAGGGAGACAGAGCCCCAGCCGCCGCUUCCUCUGCUUGGAGCAAAGCGCCCCAAGUAUGGUUGCCCCACAGACCAGCAGACAAACGUCUAAUGUGACUUUCUGGACAAAGUAAGAAGGGCACUUGGUGCCAGCUGUCCCCUCCUGACCCCUCCUGGUCUCCAGAAUCCCCGAUCCACCCAUCUUCACAGCCAGGGUUUCACCUGGAUGCAGCUUCUCUGAAACAGUCGUUUAAAUCAUGGAUUUGGCCUGGCGCCCCCUCCCCCUCCUCCUCUCAUUUCACUGCUGCUAACGUUUGCCUUCUACCGACGACUUUGGUGGCUGUCCCCCCUUCGGCAAGGCUGCAGGUGAUCGUGACACUUCCCCCGUCUGCAGUCUUUUCAGCCACAGACUGCACGACUCGUCUGAGCCAGGGUGGAAGAGCACCUCCCUUCCUUUGGGUCCCAAAGACCCCCAAGGGCGAGUUGCCGUGGAGAAGAAGGAAAGAAGGGUGUCUGUCACCCGUCAGCCUGCUGACCACCUCCUGUCUGUGUGCAUGGCGGUGGUGCGACAGGGGCGUCCCCGCCUCUCGUGUCAUCCCGCGGGAUUAUUCAAUUGAUUUAUUUAAAAAAAUAGAUUCUCUAUUUUUAACAUGACUCAAAUCCCACAGUCUAUUUUUGUAAUACCUCCAGUUAGGACUUAAGAACUCAAAAGUCCAAAAAAAAAAAAAUAAAGAACUCGAAGUCCAGCUUUAAUUGAAAAUUUUAUGCAGUCGAAUCGUGCCUGAUCAAACAAUGCUGCACCACUAACAUUGCCUCUUUGACGUUUCACGAAACUUCGCCUUUGUAUUACGGCAGGAAAGCAAGAUGAGUUCAGAUGAUAACAGAUUGGCAAGCUGGGAUGGAGAAGAAAACUGGGCUAGAAGACUUCCAGCGAAUGGCUUCCAGGAAGGCGGUACAGUGGGUUCCACGUCAAGUACGUUCGGGAAAUGCUUCCAGCUUUAACUGCCUCUCGGAGAUUCACGUUGUGCACUGGUGUAUUAAAGUAUCUGAAAGUUCUGUAAAAAUAAACUGGCUUAACUUUGUGUAAA